GCCACUCCCCCUUGAAAGCGAUUUUGCGGCCAACAAGACUUUCGAUCUUAUGUAAUAAACAACAAUUUACGACGAGCUGGCCGGAGCUGAGCGGAUAAUCAGAAAUUCUUGUUUCGAUCAAGAAAUUUGAAAUCUUCCUCAAAGUAAAACGGCUUGGAGAAAUCCAUCUGUUACAUACUUUCUUUUUAAAAGCCAGUGAUUAAAAAAUAUUUUGAAAAAUGAAUAUUUGUUCGAGAAGACUUUUCCACAGCAUUUCACGCUGCUUAAGAAUGCAAAGAAGACAGCAAAUUACCAAGGCAGAUGAACAACAAAAGCGAACGAAUUAUGAUGGACCUGGAAGAACCACUGUUUCAUUUUCAAAUGAAGAUAGUGACGUAGGAUUGCUUGUGGAUUCCUACAGCCAAAUUGGCUUUCGACUGAGCAAUGGUGUGUUUGUUGUCGGUCCAGUUGCCCUUUUCCCAAGAUCUGUUUUGUCGUGGAAUGUGGCCGGUAUGGACGAUAUCACCCCUAAGUCACUACAACUGUUCUUCUCCUUAGAUCCUAAAAUUGACAUUUUAGUUCUCGGCAUGGGAGACGAAAAAAUUCUUGACCAUAGAUUAAUGAAGGAAAUCAAGAGAUUAGGACUAAACGUGGAAGCUCUGCCCACAGAUCGAGCUUGUGCCACCUUCAAUUUCCUCAACUCGGAGUUUCGUUAUGUGGCAGCUGCCCUUAUUCCUCCUGAAAAUGUGCGCGCAUCUUAUGAAGACAUGUACGAACUUCAAGGCAAUGCAGAUAAAAUCAACGUUGAAACACUUGGUAUGAAACAAGAAGCACAAGAUAACCUGGGUGGUAGAGAUUUACAGAUGCAGAAGUUAUAUGAUAAAGUAAAUGAUGGUCUUUUCCCAAAAAGAUUUAAGGGUGAGAGCAAGGAAGAAGAUACUUCCAAUGGUGAUAAGAAAAAGUAACAUAAAGAAUAUUAUCCAAAGUCUGAAAUUGGAUGUGUGUUGAAAAUAUAUAAGUAAAUUAAAAAAAUCAAUAUAAUUAUAAUUAUUACAAGCAUUUAGAUUUCAA